CAAUCUCCCUUUGCACGAUCAAACACCCCACCACCUCUUGGUUCCCAUCUCCGACUCCUCUCCCUCCGUACCACUCCUCCCUUAGCGGCCAGUAGCACCCGAGCUCCCAAACUGAUAGGACAGCCGAGAGAGACGCAAGCCGAGAGCGACGCCGACUCGAACGCACACCGCUCCUCCGUAGGUCGUUGCCUCUGUUCGUCGAGAACAGUAGCUCCAAAUCGUCCAUUGCUUCGACGGCGAGGUUGCAGGGAGCUCAAACGACGAUCAACGGCGAAAGAAUCGACG